AAACUGACAUCCAGUGCCUCUAGCCUUCGUGUUGAGAGCAGACAAAGAGUGUAUGAAGACUUUUCAAAUAUGUCAGAGACUUCCUCCCAUGACUCCUUCUAUGAUUCCCUAUCAGACAUGCAGGAAGAAAGCAAGAAUGCUGACUGCUUCCCUGAGCUGUCUGCUUUUCUCAGCCAGGAGGAGAUAAGCAAGAGCCUUGACCUGGCCCGGAGAGCUAUAGCCAACUCGGAGACAGAAGACUUUGACUCAGAAAAGGAGAUCUCACAGAUUUUCAAUACCUCUCCCGUAAGCUUCUGUGAAAAUUCUUCCCGAAAGGAGACCAAAUUGGGUGAGCCAGCCUCCUCAGGAAGACCUCUGGAUAAGAGGCCAGAAACACAGACUGAGCACACCUCCUCACCUGGUUCAAAGAGGAAACCUGCCACCUCACCCCUGCUUGCCAGGCCCAGCUAUAUCCGGAGCCUGCGGAAGGCUGAAAAACGAGGUGCUAAAAUUCCCAAUGCAGGGGUGAAGCCUAAACCGGCAUGUCAAGGUAAGUCUGGCCCCCAGAGCCAGCUGUGUGAUAAGGCGGCUAAUUUCAUCGAGGAGCUGACAUCUAUAUUUAAAGAAGCGUCAAAGCCAAGGAGCAGAAGCCCCAAUGGGGAGUCAUCUUCACCAGACAGUGGCUACCUGUCUCCUAAAAAUCAGCCGUCAGCCCUGAUGAGUGUCUCUGCCAGCCAGAGUCCCACUGAAGACCAACAAGAAAUGGAAGCAGAGAUGAAGUUACCUGAGGCCAGGCACUGCUACCAAGCAGACCAGGACGAGGCAGUGCCGGGCAAUAGCAUCUCUCACCCCCAGCCCCAGAACGCACUCCUCUUCCCAUCAGCUCCUCGGUUUAUCCAGAAGCUGCGGAGCCAAGAAGUGGCAGAAGGAAGUAGAGUUUACCUGGAGUGCAGAGUCACUGGAAACCCAACACCUCGAGUCAGAUGGUUCUGUGAGGGGAAGGAGCUACAUAACACUCCCGAUAUUCAGAUCCACUGUGAGGGUGGGGACCGCCACACCCUGGUCAUCGCAGAGGCCUUUGAGGACGACACAGGUCGCUACACCUGUCUGGCUACGAACCCCAGCGGCUCAGACACAACGUCUGCGGAGGUGUUCAUUGAAGGUGCCAGUUCAACAGAUUCUGACAGUGAAAGUUUAGCUUUCCUCUCAAAACCUGGAGCGAUGCCACAAGCUCAGAAGAAAACAACCUCUGUGUCCCUGACAAUAGGAUCAUCAUCUCCAAAGACAGGCGUGACCACAGCUGUGAUCCAGCCUCUGUCUGUCCCUGUGCAGCAGGUCCACAGUCCAACCUCAUAUCUCUGCAGACCUGAUGGAACCACUUCUGCCUACUUUCCUCCUGUUUUUACAAAGGAACUGCAGAACACAGCGGCGUCCGAGGGCCAGGUGGUGGUCCUGGAGUGCAGGGUCCGCGGAGCCCCGCCUCUGCGGGUCAAGUGGUUCCGACAAGGGAGCGAGAUCCAGGACUCUCCAGACUUCCGCAUUCUGCAGAAAAAACCCAGAUCUACAGCUGAACCUGAGGAGAUCUGUACCCUAGUCAUCGCUGAGACUUUCCCUGAAGAUGCAGGGAUCUUUAUGUGCUCUGCAAGGAAUGAUUAUGGAUCAGUAACCAGCACUGCCCAGCUGGUUGUCACCCCAGCCAAUUCUGAGAACUGUAGCUACGACUCCAUGGGCGACUCCAACAACGAUCACUUCCAGCACUUUCCACCUCCUCCUCCAAUCUUGGAGACAAGUCCCUUUGAGUUGGCUUCGAAGAAGUCAGCCGAGAUCCAGCAGGUGAACAGCCCAGAGUUGGGACUUGGCAUGGCAGCCCUUCAAAUGCCAUUCAACUCCGCUGAGAGGGAGACCAACGGAGUCCAUCCUGGCCAUGGAGUAAACGGAAUGAUUAACGGCAAAGCUAACGGUAAUAAAUCUCUUCCAACACCAGCUGUCCUGCUUUCACCCACAAAGGAGCCACCACCUCUGCUUGCCAAACCAAAACUGGACCCUCUGAAAAUCCAGCAACUGCAGAACCAGAUCCGCCUGGAGCAGGAAGCCAGCGCACGGCACCCCGCAACCGGUGCCCCACGCAGCGCACCGCCCUCGCCACCCUUCCCACCGCCACCCGCCUUCCCCGAGCUCGCGGCCUGCGCGUCGCCUGCGGCCCCGGAGCCCAUGAGCGCGCUCACCUCCCGAGCCACCCCCACCAUGCAGUCCACCGGCUCCUUCAACUACGCGCGCCCCAAGCAGUUCAUCGCUGCGCAGAACCUGGGCCCAGCGUCCAGCCACGGCACGCCAGCCUCCAGUCCCAGCUCCUCCAGCCUCCCGUCGCCCAUGUCCCCAACUCCGAAGCAUUUUGGUCGCUCAGCCGCACCCCCCUUCACGCAGCCCUUUGGCUCUGAGGCCGAGGCCUCAUGGGGUUCAUCCUCACCAUCACCCCCGCCACCACCACCCCCAGUCUUCAGCCCCACCACGGCCUUCUCGGUGCCCGACGUGUUCCCGCUGCCACCUCCGCCACCACCUCUGCCGAGCUCGGCCCCGGCCUCCCACUGCGCCUCCCCCUCGGCCCGCUUCGGCCACAGCCAGACGCCCGCAGCCUUCCUCAGCGCCUUGCUGCCCUCGCAGCCGCCACCAGUUGCGGUCAACGCCCUAGGCCUGCCCAAGGGCGUCACCCCCGCGGGAUUUCCAAAGAAAGCCAACAGAACUGCUAGAAUAGCCUCUGAUGAGGAGAUUCAAGGCACAAAGGAUGCUGUCAUUCAAGACCUGGAACGAAAACUUCGCUUCAAGGAGGACCUCCUGAACAAUGGCCAGCCGAGGUUAACCUACGAAGAAAGGAUGGCUCGCCGAUUACUAGGUGCUGACAGUGCAACUGUCUUCAACAUCCAGGAGCCAGAGGAGGAAACAGCUAAUCAGGAAACUGAGUCUUCUCAUGCUUCCGUAGGGAGUCCUCUGGAUGGUCAAAAGGAAUACAAAGUCUCCAGCUGUGAACAGAGACUCAUCAGUGAAAUCGAGUACAGGCUAGAAAGGUCUCCUGUGGAUGAAUCAGGUGAUGAAGUUCAAUAUGGGGACGUGCCUGUGGAAAACGGAGUGGCGCCGUUCUUCGAGACGAAGCUAAAACAUUACAAGAUCUUUGAGGGAAUGCCUGUGACUUUCACAUGCAAAGUGACUGGGAAUCCAAAGCCAAAGAUCUAUUGGUUUAAAGAUGGAAAGCAGAUCUCUCCAAAGAAUGAUCACUACAGCAUUCAGAGAGACCUCGACGGGACCUGCUCCCUCCACACCACAGCCUCCACCCUGGACGACGAUGGGAACUACACGAUCAUGGCCGCAAACCCUCAGGGCCGCGUCAGCUGCACUGGACGGCUGAUGGUACAGGCUGUCAACCAACGAGGUCGCAGUCCCCGCUCUCCCUCAGGCCAUCCUCAUGUCAGAAGGCCUCGCUCUAGAUCAAGGGACAGUGGGGAUGAAAACGAACCCAUCCAGGAGCGGUUCUUCAGACCCCACUUCCUGCAGGCGCCUGGAGAUCUGACUGUGCAAGAAGGAAAACUCUGCAGGAUGGACUGCAAAGUCAGUGGGUUACCAACCCCAGAUCUAACCUGGCAACUAGAUGGAAAACCCAUCCGCCCUGACAGUGCCCACAAGAUGCUCGUGCGUGAGAACGGGGUGCACUCCCUGAUCAUUGAGCCGGUCGCGUCUCGCGACGCUGGCAUCUACACGUGCAUAGCCACCAACCGAGCGGGGCAGAACUCAUUCAGCCUGGAGCUUGUGGUUGCAGCUAAAGAAGCACACAAGCCCCCCGUGUUUAUUGAGAAGCUGCAAAACACAGGAGUUGCAGAUGGGUACCCAGUGCGACUGGAAUGCCGUGUUUUAGGGGUGCCACCGCCUCAGAUAUUUUGGAAGAAAGAAAAUGAAUCGCUCACACACAGCACUGACCGCGUGAGCAUGCACCAGGAUAAUCACGGCUACAUCUGCCUGCUCAUUCAGGGAGCCACAAAGGAAGACGCCGGGUGGUACACAGUGUCAGCCAAGAACGAGGCCGGGAUCGUGUCCUGCACUGCCAGACUGGACGUUUACACCCAGUGGCAUCAGCAGCCACAGAGCACCAAGCCAAAAAAAGUACGCCCCUCAGCCAGCCGCUAUGCAGCACUUUCGGACCAGGGACUAGACAUCAAAGCAGCGUUCCAGCCUGAAGCCAACCCGUCUCACCUGACACUGAACUCCGGCCUAGUAGAAAGUGAGGACCUGUAAUCCAGCGCCCUUGUCAAAGCUCAAACACUGAAACGGCCGUGCCUUGACCAACAUAUUCCUUUGUCACACUACGUAAAAGGCAAAAACAUACGUUUGACUGCAAGAAAUAAAAAACAACAAAAUAUUUUUCUUACUUGAUAUACCAAACUUAGAGUUGAAGUAGGAGAUGCUAAUAGAAAUGUACACAUUGCACAGGAAAGUCACAUUCAUCAUCCAAUUUAAAACUCUUGAACUGCUGUGAUUAAAGUGGUCUGAAAUGCCAAAAUGCUAAAGGAAACCGACGUUCAAAGGUAACCACAAUCUGUAUUAUCCAAAGUGCCUUUAAACACUAGCAUUAGGUGCUACACACAGCACGACAGUGUGGAAUACUUGACAUGAGGCAGUUGUACCACAAAUAACACUAAAAUGAUUCUUACAUGGCAGUGUAUUCAGACAGCUACAGUGAACCAAGUGCAAUAUGUAAGGAUGAAAAAGAGGAAAGUAAAUCCAAAGUAAAAAGGAAAUCCAAGUAAAUGCCUUGCCAUUGCAAAUGGCUUUAUAUGAAAUCAUAAGGAAGGAAUUACUUGCCUUAAAUUUUAAUAAUAUCAAGAGUUCUCUAACAAGGGUAACACCUUAGUGCUUAACCUUUUUUUAUGUGUUGUAUUUUCUUUUCAUGCUACCUUGGUAGAAAGCUUAUUUACAAACCAUAUUCAAAGGCUAAUUUAAAUAUAAGUAAUAUAAAGUAUUCUGAAUAGAGCAGAAAUAUAUUCCAGUCCAUUCCAGGAAAGGCAUCCAAACCACCCAAAUGACCAAGGCAUACAGAAUCGGGAGGAAACAGGGGUUUGGAAGGGGUAGAGGAGAAUGAAGGAAAAUGCUACCAGCAUACUUACUACAUUGUAGUCAUUUCGAUAAAAGAGGCGGCGGGAGACAUGCAAAAGGCCAGGCUUUUCUUCGGUUUUCUUGAAAAUUAACCUAACACUGUGAUUCACAAGUCAGGGAAUCUAGGGUCAGCUGGAAGUUAGAGCACGUGUGCUGUGGAAAUUCUAGUGUGUCUGGAGCUUGUGUCGUAGCUGAAGACUUUAGAUGUUCAGAGCAAGUCGAAAGCGGGCUGGGACUGCAAGGCUGGCAGGAGUGCGGCGCUGCCUGCAGCGUGCGGUCUCCUCGAGGGAAAUGCAGUCUUAGGAGAGACAGAAACAGGUCUGUGCCGUGAUGUAGUUUUUUCAAUGGCGCCAAGAUACGGUGAAUGGAAAAUAUCGGUUCACAUCCCUGCUGCCAUGAAACCUUACUUUAAGAAGGUGCUGUGUUCUGAGUAGUGUACAAAGGUAUCUCAGCAAAGACUGACUUUUAAAUGCGUAUGAUUCUGCAUCAGCCAGACUGAGUUGAUUCUGACCAGACUUGAUGGUUUUAAGUCGGAACCAAUAAACUUUAAAAAGGAGAAAAAACAAUUUGGCCUAAUAUUAUAAAACAUGAGGCUUCAAUGGUACUUUGCUAUGAAAAGAAAACACUGUAUUCCUUAUGCAAAACACAUAUAUCUUUCAUUAUUUAUAAUAAAAAUGUUGAACUCUUCUUAGCUCAGUUAUUCGAUUCAUUAUGUAGUAUUUUUAAAGUAAUUUUAUAUCUGUGUACCACCCCAUAUAUUUCAUAUUACUGCUUCACAUGUACAGCUUUCUACUUCCUUGUAAGAACACCAACCAGGUUUUAAAUGAUUAACAGGCUUGAGCACUGGGUGGCAGGUGUUCUAUGCAAACUGGUAUAAGUUUCUAUGACCACAGUUCUAUGCAUUACCAAUGUGGAAUUUAAGAUACCACACAAAGUCCCUCGUGGACCUAUCUAUAUUGUAUUAUGACUCAUGUCAUAUCUUACUUGCCAAAUUUUUCUGAAACUUUUUUCGCUAAUUUGCUGGGUUUGGGAUUAAGUAGCAUUAUUUUGCCACCUUUUAUGUUGUAUUUAUAAAAAAAUAGUACUAUCAUACUACUUUGGAUUGUUGUGCUGGUGUAAUGUGGAUUUAACAUCAAUAAAUAUUUAACAAAUAAC